AUGGAAGUCAAGGAAAGCAAAGCACAAAAUGAGCUUGACCGAGCCGAGACAGACAAAGUUCUGUUGGAAUUUGAGAAGAGCGGAAUGGUUCCUCCUGAGUGCUUCUCACCUUACAAAGCGAAUGGUUGUUUUUCACUUUUUCUGCGCCAAAUUCGGAUGGUGGAGGCAAAGUCUGACACGUCUGACCUCCAACGCUUUGAUGAGAUGUGGCUCCAUCUAACACCUCGUGGAGCUACCGUACCCUACAACAUCUGCUUCGACUCGGAAGGGAAUGUUUGGGUGGCCACGAAAGGAGGUCUUUUCAAGUUCGAUGGAACACGGCGGACGACCAUUUGGGAGCGGAAGAAUAUGUUCCCGAAGAAGAUGGCUCCAUUCCCGCAAGUGUUGUUCCAUAACGAUAUGAUAAUAUACACUUGUGCCGAAGAUAAAGAACGGACAACUGAAUUGAGAUUUUUUACGAUGUCCGGCGAGAUGAAACACGAAAGUUUCAUAGACGGACUAGUGAUCUCUUUGACUAUUGCUGACAAUGGAGACAUGUACAUCAGUAAACAACCGGAAGGGCCAAAAUCUUUCAUAUACCGAUCUUCAGUAGAUGCUCCUCUCUCUUGGGACGAAGUGGUCCAGUCAUCUUCUGAUGCCUUCUACGCUUUAUGUGCGUUAGACAAUGAUACACUGCUUGCCGCUAUGUCAACACGACCUGUAAAUAUGUAUUCUAAGCAGCGAAUGGUUCUUAUCGACACGAAUGCUGGGAAAAUAAAGGCCUCGUUCAGCAAAGCUGGAAAGGAAGGAAGUGAUAUAUUUUUCCCACGAACGAUUCGCAAAUACGGUGAAGAUGUUGUCGUUAUGGAUAAGUCUGGUCGAUUCAUAUGCUUCUCUUCCAAAGGAGAAUACAAGGGACUUUUGGCACAAAUCGAUGCUUACCUGGCUAAUGGCUUCGCAAUUAAAGACAAGUCUGCGCUUAUGGCACUCAGCGGAGUUGUUUUGGAUGAGGACAACCGAACUAUAUGCGACGAUUGGCUCGAAUGGAUAGACUUGGAUGGCUCUUCUUGGAGAAAACAAAGAGAAGAGAAGAAAACUGCUAGUGCCAAAGCUAAUUAGAUAUAUGAGAGUUUAGUACUCACAAACAUUCCUUCGUGUGCCUACGGUUGAUCUUCAUUGUAUAGUCAGAAGUAU